AUGGCCGUGACAGAAGAACUAUCCACAACGCGGCUUUUCUCUGUUUUCGACCGCGUAAAACCCAAGGUGCUUCUGAUUAUGUGUCUACGCUCUUACGAGAACCCGUGGACCGUCCCCAACCUGCUGUGCGUGUGCCGGAUCCUGCUGGCCCCGUUCCUGGGUCACCUGAUCAUCCAGCAGCACUUUGACCUCAGCCUGGCUCUGUUCACUCUGGCCGGAGCCACAGACCUGCUGGACGGAUACAUCGCCAGGACCUGGCCCGGGCAGAAGUCCGCGUUGGGAAGCGCCCUGGACCCGCUGGCGGACAAAAUCCUCAUCAGUGUUUUGUACCUCAGCCUGACCUACGCCGAGCUCAUCCCAGCUCCGCUGACGGCUUUAGUAAUUUUCAGGGACAUUGGUUUGAUAGCAGCCGUGUUCUGGGUCCGAUACAAGACCGUACCACCACCGGUGACCCUCAGUAAGUUUUUUAACCCCUGCUACACCACGGCCCAACUCAAGCCCACCCUCUUCAGCAAGGCCAACACGGUGAUCCAGCUCUUCCUGGUUGCAGCUUCUCUGGCAGCUCCGGUCUUCCAGUACACAGACAGCAUGCUGCUGCCCUGUUUAUGGUCCAUCACCGCGGUAACCACGGCGGCGUCCGGCUACAGCUACUGGCACUACGGCCGCCAAACUGUCUCUGGGACUGACCGGCUCAGGUACGAGCCCCCGUCGCCAUGGCAACGCGAACCCCAUCGGCACGUGUCCGCUCCUCCGGUGAAGUGUGAGCGUGUGGGAGGAAGCGUGGAGCUCUGGAGAUUUGGAGUGGAGUGCACGGGUGUGCAGGCUUUCCUUUAUCCCGACUUUCACCGGGAUCUGCACGGUGGGACGGGUCAGCUUUUGUGGACCGGGAGCAACUUCAUCAAAUGGGACGAGGACCUGUCUACAGUCACUCCAGUGACACUGCAUGUGGACCAACAUGGAUUUUACCUCUACUGGACUGACCAGAAUAAGGACACAGAGCUGUUGGACCUGACCUUUGUGAAGGAUGUCAGAACGGGAAGGAGCACCAAAACUCCCAAGGAGGCCAAGCUGCGGGAGCUGCUGGACAUCGGGAACCUCGUCGGGCGGCUGGAGAACCGCAUGCUCAACUUCAUCGCCUCCCAGGAGGAAGAGGCCAAGGCCUGGUGUGAGGAGCUGUUCUCUCUGUCUUCCAACCUGCUGAGCCACAAUCUCAACAGAGACCACAGUCUGCUCAAAGCGUGA